GCCCUGACAUUUAAGAACUUGAAUGUGCGGUUAUAAGACAAGAGGAAAGCGUUGGUGUAACAAAUCCUUUCGGUCACUGGACAAGAGAGCGUCGUUGGUGUUCAGCGCUAGAGACAAGGGGCACUAGGAUAGGCCAUUAAUGUGGACGUCUCUAUGUGUAUACGCAACACGGAUGUUAUUUUGAAGCAACAAAUAUCUGAAGCAAUUAGGCUAGAUUUCAGGACGUUUUGAGACGGCUUACCGGAAAGUACCACAAUUGCACAAUUAAUCAGCUUAUCAGACAUUUAGACAAGAUUUUAAAAAACAGUACUGAACUUGUAAAAACAACAAGACUUAAGACGUUCUUUGAAGACAGGAGCAAUACCGCAAUUGCACAACUGAUCAGGUUUUCAAAAGUGUUGAGAAUACAAAGUCCUUAACUCAAAUUAAUCAGGAUUUCGGUGAUCGGAGAAGACUUGAGGAAUGCCGAAAUAUCACAAGGACUGUGAAAAUUAGUUUACAUUAUUGGGGUUUUUCGAAAACUCCAAUACGUGGAUUUUAGUAUUUUUGUGUUCUUGAAACCCUGAACUAAGUAUUCCGUGGUCGCUGGUUGUUCAACAACUCUAGUCGGAGUAUAUUUUACAAGUUUUAUAAAUAAUAAUACAUCAUAUGACAAUCAGAAGGAUUAUCUUAUAACGUCUCAUGGUGUAGACUGAUCAUUAACUGAUUUUAAUUGGUUAACAGAUCUUAAACCAGAUCAAUGUUAGCGACAAUGUCGGUGAUCGUAGCCAAGCCGAUGUCACGGUCGUAUGCCUUAGCUACAGCGGCUGGAAUCACCGAAUCAGAGUUGAACACGAGAGACGCUAAUGGGCGAACAAUCCUGUUCUACGCGUCAAGAAACGGGAAAACACAAGUCGUCAAAAAUUUGCUCAAUGCUGGAAGUGACCCUAAUAUCCCGGAUGUAGAAGGCAGCACCCCAUUGCAUGAAGCGACGGAAAGAUGUCAUCUUGAUAUCGUCAAAAUUCUCCUGAAAAAUGAUAAAACCGACAUAAAUGCAAAGAACAGGAACGGGCAAACAGCACUGAUGAAAUCGGUUCUAUAUGAUGACGUAGAGGCACUCAAAAUAUUACACAAAGCUGGUGGGCAUAUUGACGAAUUGGAUUCCACUGGUAAAACCGCGUUCAUGAUCGCCAUGGCGGACGGAAGAGAACGCACUUCCGAAUAUCUCAUUAAAAACGGAUGUGACAUCAAUAUCGUCGACAAGCUUGGCCAAUCAGCGCUUUAUUUAGCAUUCACAUCAACACAGGGGAUGUCAACAGAUAAUAUCCGACGUCUCCUGAAAGCUGGUUACAUAACAGAGAAAGAUCGUGUAUGGCUUGCCAAGGCCGGAAUGGAACUAAACGCUUUCCAACACAAAAAUUUCUUCCAGCGAAUAAAAGAUCGCAUCACGACACCUUCCGGGCGACGUCACAGCGAGGGAUUUAUGGGAAGGAACACAAUUCAUCUCGGUAGCGGAGUGAGCCAUGCGCAUCCACGUUUCCGGUCCCGGAACAAUUCUUCUUUUAAUUAGGAACACUUUGGUGGACCGUUAAAUUAUUGUUUAGUUGAUAUUCUCGAUCCUGUAUAAUGAUCGAAUUGUUAAGUAAGAUAGAAGAUAAUGAUGUUAAAUUUAUAAGCAACAUUGCCUUAUGCAACUGACGAUUGUAAAGGUAAAUUUAUUGUUAAAGAGUUGUAUCUUGACAUUUUUGUCUAGUUAAUUACUUUCUAAAUGGUGAUAGGCUUGUGAACGCUUUAGAGUGUGACAAAGCUUGGAGUUAAUCGUGGACAACAGUGUUAUCUGAACAACCCACUUGCUAUAACGAAAUGCCCGCGUUGUUGGAACUCUUCCGCAAAUCCGGCUCAUCGGUUUAUGUACACCAUUCAAAAAUAAGAGAAUAACACGGGCUAUUUGAGUAACUGGUCCAAUGUGUAUAUUUUUAGUUUUAGUAUGCCUGUCACUUUAAAGUAUGGUCAUCGUGACGUCGAGUAGGGGAGUGACUAAUGUAGGUCAAAACCGGAUGUGACGUCAUAAUAAUAUGUCGAAGUACCACUCGAUCUUAACAAAUGUGACGUCACAUUGUGAUAUGAUUCAUUACGUUUACUAUGAAUGUGCCAUUAUCAGAUGAUGUAGUGGAUUACGUCAAAAAGGAAUAUGAUGUCACUAUGUCAUGAACACAAUUGAGUGAUUAUAAUGCAGAGUAAUCGGGUGUGACGUCAUCAGGUUAUAUAUAGAGCAUUGACUAUGUCAGAAAUGAAUGUGAUGCCCACAUGUCAUACAUAUUUAAUUGACUGAUUAUAUCAAAAACUUGUGUGACCUCCUCAUAUAUUAUGUAAUAUGUAUGGACAUAAUACGUCAAAAAGGAUGUGACGUCACAAUAUCAAGUUAUGAACUGAUUGAAGUCAAAAACGGAUGUGACGUAUUAAAAUUGUAUCGUAGAAAACUGAACAGAACUUCUAGUGCUUGUCACAUAUGUGUCAUUUCAUACAAGCUAGCGAUCUUAGAUCAAAUUAAAAUCUAGAUGGUCAUUCUCACUACAUUACAUGAACAUCUAACAACACCCCAUAAGGGGUCACGUUCUGAUGACCUCUGAGAUGUGUGUAAUUCACUUUCAGUGCGAAUUGGAAUUUUGUCGAUGUCAUCGAAGCAAAACAUUUCGUCACAGCAUGCAUCUGAAGCAAACCAUUUCGGCAAAUUUUAUAGAAAUAUGCUUUAUGGAACGAAAUAACUUGAAACAAAUUGACAGAUUAUACAAGCUAUGCACUCUAGUCAUGCUAAUUCGGACAUAUAAAAUUCACUUCCAAGAUUCUGGAAGUAGUCAUUUGAUUGGCUAAUCCAAAAGGUCACCCUGACGUGACCCCUUAUGGGAUGUUGUUAGAUGUUCAUGUAACGUGGUGAUAAUGACCAUCAAUAUUUUAAUUAGAUUGCGAUCUUAGAUCAAAUUAAUCAUAGUGUUUAUAUCAUAAAUGAACAAAAAUCUAAAAUGUGGCUGGUCCAAAUCUAUCUUCAUGCAUCAAUAUAUUCCAUUCAAUUAGCCCAAGUUUCUUCUGGCCCUGACACCAGACUUGAACAUUCUUAUGGAGAUAGAUGUCCGGUGUAUACAGUAUCUCUGGUGUAAGGCCAGGGGAGACUCCUAUUAUCAUUCGAUAUACAUGUCAUUUCAAUGGUUAUAUCCUAAUGGGAACUGAAUGAUACGACUCAUUUGUGGUAGUUAACUGGUAUCUGUUCAAUCAGAGAAGCUGUCUCUUGGUAUCAAUUACUGUACAAUUACUGUGUCGGAGUUACCUCCCUUUAACUGUCAUGGAUCCGUCAUCGUUACUUACAAAUUAUUCAUUUUCAUAUUGUUACGUUCAAAAUAAAAUUAUUGUCAAAGAC